GCGCAAGCGGAGAAAGGGAGGAGCUGCGGGAAAGCUUCGAGCCAAGGCUUCCAGCAGCAUCGAUUUCUCGUCCCCCUUUCGAGGGGGACACCGCCGUCGCUGCCCGCCAGCGACUUUUCUCGUUUGUCUUAGGGAAAAGCAGCUGUUGCUCUUGAAGAUGGCGAGCUGCCGCCACCUCCUCCGCUGGCUUCUCUUCUCCUACUUGGGAUCCCUUUGCUACUAUGAAACAUAUGGAAUCACUGUGCAGUCAGACAAUGAACAUGUUAAAGCAAGAGAAUUUGAGGGGGCAUUUCUAAGUUGUAAACACAAUGUAAGGAAGGAAAGUGGUAUAAGAGUAGAAUGGAAAAAGAUUGAAGGCUCUCUUGUCACAUUUGUCUACCUCAGUGGUGUCUUUCAGGGUAAUUUUAAAGAUCGAGCUGAAAUAUUGCACUCAAGCAUUCAAAUUAAAAAUGUGACUAGAAAGGAUUCUGGAAAAUAUCGUUGUGAAAUUAGUGCACCUGCAGAACAAGGACAAGAAGCAGGGGAAGUUGAAGUCUCCCUCUUAGUAUUGGUGCCAUCAGCUGCUCCUGUUUGUGAAGUACCUAUUUCAGCUAUGAGUGGGACAGUAGUGGAAUUACGAUGCAAAGAAAAUGAAGGUGUGCCAGCUUCAAAAUACAGAUGGUAUCGGAAUGGUGCUAUUCUGCUUGAGAAUCCAGUUUCUGGGAAGUUUAAAAAAGGGAAAAUUCCUUAUACUUUGAAUACUACAACAGGAACCUUGCUGUUCAAUCCUGUUUCAAAGAAUGACACUGGGGAAUAUUACUGUGAAGCUGACAAUAGAGUUGGACAGCCUCAAAAAUGUCCUGUGAAGAGAAUGCAAGUUGAUGACCUUAAUGUAAGUGCUAUCAUAGCUUCGGUGAUCAUUGUGGCCUUAAUAAUGGCUUCCUGUGGUCUUGGGGUAUAUUAUGCACAAAAGAAGGGUUAUUUUUCAAAAAGGAAUUCUUCAGUGAAUAACAGUUCCAAGUACAAAGCUACAGGAAGUGAAAAAGAUUUCAAGCACACCAAGUCCUUUGUUAUUUAAAAGAAAGUCUAUUUCUGAGGAUCAACAUUUGCUGCAGAAAAUAUCGAAGAGAAUAUAAAGAUAUUAUUGCUGUUUAACAUGCCCAUAAGUAAAGAAAUAGUGAGCUAAUGGCAUAAUUCUGAUUAUUACAUCUCAAAAAGGGUACUGUUAAGUAGGAAAAUAGGUGGAAAAGGGCAAACAUCCUAAAUAGGAACAGGCAAUAGUGUUUGAGGCUUGUAGAAUUUAAAAAUAGGCAAUCGCUGGGACCAAGACCAAGCUUUAUAAAAUUAUGUAAUCUAUGAAGAAAUGGAUAGAUUGGUGUCUUCUCACUGACAGCAUUAGCUGCCAUGAUCUUUUGGUGAGAUGGGGGAAGGAAAUAUCCCACAUAGACAAAAAGCAGUAUUCACAUUAUUAAUUUAUGGGAUUUUUGCUAAUUGAUAUGUGACUACUAUUGGCUUGGAUGGCAUGAAAUGAGAAUUGAACAACUUCAUUUACCACAGGACUACAGAUGGCUACUAUUUAUGAUGGGUAAAUACUAUUUGCCAUUUUUUACAUUAUUAGCUUGUGGAGACAAACUAUAGGAGAAAGCUACUGCCUUUAACUCAUCCUUGUGGGGUUGCUGGAAACAGGCACUAGGAACAGAAUACUGUUUUACAUAGCACUUUGGCCUGAUUAAGGGAGCUAAUUAUAAAGCCAUCUUUCUGAAAAGAAUUCUGUGACUGAAGUAGCCUUAAACAAUUAUCCAUUUUACUCCAAGACAGAGUUUGGGGCUUGGGCAUUCAGGGAGGACUUGUUCUUUGCUUUUUCCCUGGAGGUCAAGACAGCUAAAACCGCUACUAUCAUUGCUAAGGAAGGAAAAUAACCACAAUCAGUCUGAUCUCAGGUUUAUAAUUACAAGUAACCAGAUGAUUACAUGGAGCAGAGACAUUUCUAACAUCUUGAUUUGAAAAUUACUACUGAUUUGCAUCAUGAAUUUGGCUUUGGGGGGCGAAGUUGUUUUGUUGUUGCUGUUGUUGUUGUAGGAUUGAGAUUAAGAUGACAGCAGUUAUCAAGUGUAGAGUGAGGUAGUGAUAAAAGAAUAUAUGCUCCUACUUAGUCUGUAAACUUUAUUUAAAUGUAUGUGUAAGCUACUGCAGAGAACUAAACUGAGCAGGGCAACCUCUCAGUGGCAAAGGACUGCACUUUUUUUAUUUGCAUGACAAGCAGAUAGGACUGGAUUUUCAACUUUUAUUUGGGAUGGGGACUAUGUAUUGAAAUAAAUGAAGCCUAAAAAAAGGGUUAUAUAUCUUCUAGUUGUUUUCCACCAAAACACACACUAGAUUGUUGUACAAUCCAAUGGUAUGAUUUUGGGGAUGCUAAAGAUAUAGAAUUACAUGAGGAUAUAAGCUGCUUCCCAACCCAAAUGACAAAAAGAUACAAGUCCACUCAGCAAUGGGCGUUCUAAGUUAGAGUUUUUCUUGCAGUAUGAUCGAGUAAAAAAAAAUAUUUAUAAAACAUUUUGCCUAAAAUAUUUUUUAAGUGCUUUGAUGGUUUCCAACCCUACAUUCAAUACUGAAAUUAUGGUAUAUGGUUCCUUACCACCAUCCAUAGUUUUUAUUUUAUUAUUUAAAAGUUUAUGAAGACUGUUUAUAUAUUU